AUGUUCGGUUUUCUGCUUAUUUCGAAUAGAAACCAAGUUCUUUAUUAUGGUGGUGACAGCAUAUUCGACUCGUACCUAUAUGGAAGACUCUGUGCUGAAGGACUCGUCUCACCAGAUGCACCAUCCACAUCCAGUGGCGUCUACAGCGACACGUCUUCCACUGAAUCCUUGCGUGUUCCUGACGAAACGGCAGCUUCAUCUGAACCAAGAACCGCCGAAAAAUCUGCCAAUCCAGAAAUUUCCCAUCUAUUUCUGCCACUAAUCUUGAUGUACCGUUCAUUCAACAGCCGUUGCUACGACAAGAUUUAUUCAACCACGUCCGACCAAGUCACAAUACUGUUGAAACGUCUCAAGUAUGAUUUUUUAUUGAUAUCCAUAGGGAGCAGCCAACAAGAGCAGCGUCGCUUUAUGGAUUACAUGGAAUUAGGUCUAGAUAUUAAUAUUGGUCCUCUUCUGCCGCUCAUUGAAUCAGAUUUCGAGACGGUACAUUUGGCUACAGAUCUCCUCAAGUCUUUCAGUGAUAAGCCAUGCACAUUUGAGAGCAAAAAAAUUAGAAACUUUCUAGACAUUCGAAGAGCACUAUUCUUCCAGUCUGAAACAUCCAUGGCUAUCCCACUUCUCAGCACCAUGGCGAUGCAUCUACAGGACGCCCUUGGUCCUCUCAGGUUGCUUCAUGCUUCCUUGGAGUUCGUGGAAUUCAAAACGUACUUCCCUAUCAUUGAGAUUUUUUCUUGA